UGGAGGACUAAACUUUCAGCAUAAACUAUGACAUGCCGGCUUUCUCUGGCGUUGGGAGCUGUUCUGACUUUGCUCCUCUGCCUCCAGCAGACCCAUGGAGAAUCGUACUUCGGGGACAGUUACUGCAGUUUACAAGCCUUCCAAGAUGUCUCCACGUUCCAUGUGUCGAUGCAAAUCAAGACAAGUCGGAGAAGCGGUCUUCUGCUCCUGGCCGCGGGAAUGGAAGACUAUCUUUUUGUUGAGGUUGUAAAUGGAAAGAUACAGGUCCGGAUGAACUCGGGGGCCGGUGAAGUGACUCUGUCUUCAUCUCAAGGAGUACAGCUGAACAACCUCUUGGAACACAAAGUCACACUUACACUGGACAAAGACAAGCUAACCAUGACAAUUGACGACCUCUUCUCCACAUACAUCCCGAUCGACAACAGUGGGGAGGAGCUCAACAUUGACCUCGGUAUUUGGCUUGGAGGAACUGGAGAACUGGAUGUCCCCUACCUGAGCAAUGCCAUUCCACCGUUUCGCGGCUGCAUGACUGACGUCAAAUUUGAAUCCCAUGGGUUUGAUAUUUUAGGCACUGUUUUCAAACAGUGCACGGACACCAAGGAGAUGUGCAGCAGUGAGUUUGAGGUGGGAGACGGUGAAGCAACCAGUUUCAGCACGCCUGAUUCUUUCGUCUCUUUUCCCACGUGGAGUGGAGCCAGUGGGGCACCGCAGGUUUUGGAAUUUCUAAUGAAGACCACAAUUGAGGAUGCGCUACUUGUUUUUCACCCAGGUCGAGAAUCCGACUUCGUUGCCAUUGGCAUUGUGAAAGGCUUCCUCAAAGGUGUGCUGGAUUAUGGAACAGGCAUGGAGGUGCUGGACAACACUCAAGUGCAGCUGGAUGAUGAUCAGUGGCAUCGGGUUAAAGUUAUGAUCAGUCGAGAAUCUUUCGAACUCAAUGUAGACAGUCAGUCAAGCUCGCUUCCUCUAGACGCCUCUGAAAGACUUGACUUGGUUGGCAGCCUCUAUUUGGGAGGCGUUCAAGGGAAGAUGAAGGAUGUCUUUCGGGAGAGUGGUUCUUUGAAUCGAGUGGAGGAUGAAAUUACAUCAGAGUCAUUCAUUGGAUGUUUGGGGGAAAUUAAGGUCAACCAGAAGGACAGAAGCCUGCAAGAUGCACUGGUAACCAAAGACGUUCAUGUUAAAUGCGAAGGAGAGGAUUAUGACUAUUCAAGCUACUACGACAUUGACACAACUACACCUUCUCCAACUGUUAGCAUUCCAUAUGUUGAUCCGGCAAUCAAUAUGCAGCAUUGCAGCCCAACAGAUGACAUGCCAGAGGUUUUUAGAAAUGUAACAAAACUUCUUGAUAUCAGCCCGUUGCUUGUGACUGAAGGAGGGGAGACCCUUUUCGACAUAAAAAAUCUUAGGCCAACAUUUGAUCUGGGUGGAGUCGGCAUGCGCCAGUCUCAGAUUAUCUUUUCCCUUAAGAAUGAUCCCUGGUAUGGAGUGGUUGAUAUGAACAUAAACACAAGGCGCACACAAAAGUUUACCCUUCUAGAUGUAGUCAGCCAUAAAAUUAAGUAUAUGCACGAUGGCAAUGAAAGACAUGCAGAUCAAAUUCAUUUAGAGGUUGUUGCCCAGAGUGAUAGCUACCUCCCGGAAUGUUUAAAAACCCCUCAUGAUUACAUUCUACCAGUUGAAAUCGUCCCCGUCAAUGAUAUACCGCAACUUAGCGGAGAAGAAAUCACCAUCACAGAAAAAGGCCGCACCCGACUGAGCCCAACUCUUAUCAGGAUUGUUGAUUCAGACACGCGCUGUGACGACCUGGUGGUGGCUGUAACAUCAGCACUGCCCCAGGCAGCUGGCUUUUUAGAAAACAGUGAUCAACCAGAUCAAAGCAUUUCUCAGUUUUCUUGCCGGGACCUUAAAGAUGGAAAGAUCUACUUUGUGCACCGGGGUGGGAGUGUUCCUGGAAUGACCCUAGAAGUAUCUGACGGACAAUCCGUCAGCCACUCGGCUACUUUUAGAUUGACUGUUGCACAACCCCAUAUGACACUGGUUACCAACGCUGGCCUUACCUUGGCCCAGGGUAGCAAUGCUUCCAUCGGUGUGUCCAAUUUGGCUGUUCUAGCUCACCCACGCAAUGGAGACAUAAUGUUUACCGUGACUCAUCCUAUUCAGUAUGGAGAACUACAAGUGUAUUCCAGUGACGGCACCUACAAAACGGUUACAACUUUCCAUCAAUCUGACGUGGAUCGAAACAUUCUCCGAUACUUAAGUACAGACUCUACUGAUCAGGAGGACAUUGUUGUUGAAAGAAUUCAAUUCAGUGCACAUCUGGGUCAGUUUUCACUGCAGAACAACACCUUCCUGGUCAAGAUUAUCCCAGCUGCAGUAAAAGUUGCUGUCGGGGAGCCAAUAGCUCUAGAAGCUGGAGAAGUGUUGACUCUGAGUGGUAAAGAGUUACAAGCAGAAGUCAAAGGAAGGACCCCAGAACCUGAAUCGUUGAUUUAUGUGGUUGUAAAGCCACCAUCACUAGGAAGUCUCCAGAUCAUGGACAGAGAGUUGGGUGAGGGUGACGUUUUUACUCAGAAGGAUAUUGAAGAUAACUCUGUCAGCUACAGGGUCAGAGUACAACAGGCUUUUGAUACUGAAGAUAAGUUUCAGUUCAGAGUCUCUCAAGGGGAUCAGUACUCACCCUUGUACACCUAUUCAAUGAACAUCCUCGCUGAGGCUCCUAUUCUGACCAACGAAAAGCUUCUUGUUCUUCAGGGCGGUGAGCAGACAUUGAACAAACACUAUCUCUGGAUGCAGUCUCCAAGCUCAGCAGAUUUUGUGUACAGGAUCACACAAGGACCCCGGUACGGUCGACUUAUAAGGGACUCCCCACCCGGCCAGCCCAGAUUCGAAGGAGCAAUAAGGGUUUUUAGCAACGAAGAUCUGAACCUUAACCGACUGAUAUACAAGCAUGAUGGGUCCAAGACGAUGAGUGAUGAAUUCUAUUUUUCGGUGUUUGACCAAAGCACAGCGGAUUUGGACAACCAGGAAGCUGCAAGAGAGGUUUUCAGAAUACAAAUCCAGUCCAAAAAUGAGCACGCACCCAUACGAGUGGUGGACAGAGUCCUCAAUGUGGUCCGUCGUGGUCAACGUCUCCUGACAACCGAUGUCAUUCAGUUCAGGGAUGAUGACUCUGGUUUUAACGACUCCCAGAUUGUCUAUGCUCAUGAAGGAAUCCUCUCAGGUAACAUAGUGUCAGCAGUGAAUCCCUCACACACCCUUUACCGUUUCACACAAGCCGACCUUCGAUACAAAAAGGUCCUCUUUGUUCACCAUGGAGCUGACUGGGAACGGUUUUCACUGCAAGUGUCUGAUGGCUUCCACAAAACCACCGCUCUCCUGGAAAUCCAAGCAAAUGAGCCAUACCUGAAAGUGGUGAACAACACAAACAUUGUGAUCGACCAUGGUAGCACCAGGACAUUCAACACCUCAAUGUUGAGCGCAGACUCGAACAUGGACAUUAGGGAUGAAAGUGAAAUUAAGUUUGAGCUGACAUCACCACCAACUGCUGGACAGAUUAUUGUGAGUGGCAUUGAGGCCUCCUCCUUCACCCAGGAAGACCUGAGGAAAGGUGUUGUCUCAUACGAGCACAACGAUGGCAGUCUAAAGGCCAAUGACGCCUUCAGCUUCACAGUACAUGCAAGAGGACACUCCGAGGAUGGUACAUUCACAAUUAAAAUAUUUAGAAAAGACUAUCUGUCCAUGCCAGAGGUAGUCACCAACGAGGUCAUCAUCUCAUACGAGGGCGAACACACUGUCAUCAAGCCGGAUCAUCUCAAGGUGGUGCAGGCCGACAUUCUUCCCACAGAAAUGGUCUUCACCAUUAAAGAUCUGCCUCGCCUUGGUCAUGUGGUCAUGCUGACCAACAGAUCGGACAAUUUGGCCUCCCCGUCCCUUGACUACAUACAGACCUUUACUCAGGAGGAUAUUGACCAGGAGCGCAUUCUCUACAUCUCCAUGUCCAUCCAGGGGAGUGAUGCUUUCACUCUGGAGGUCAGCAACGGCUUCACCACCAUUAAGGACCUGCAAAUGUCUGUGGACAUUGUUCCCAGACUCAUCCCAGUCCAUGUCACAAACUUCACUGUGAAGGAAGGCCUCAGCCGGGUGAUUAACGCAGACAUUGUCAACAUCUCACAUCCAUUCUACAGCGCAGAAAACAUAGACUUCACCGUGGAAGUACCGCCACAGCACGGUGACCUCCGCUACCUGGAUGGAGAGGAGCCCACAUACAUCACAUGGGAAGAGAUAAAACUCGGGCACAUCUACUACAUGCAUGACAGCACAGAGAGCGCCCAGGACACGUUCACUCUCUCUGCCACGGCUUAUGAGAUCCAGCGCAGCAGCUUUCCUGUCACUAUCACAGUGACUGUCAUCCCAGUCAAUGACGAGCCUCCAAAACUGACGCGCAACACAGGACUGGAGGUUUUGGCCGGCGAAGAGGCAGAUAUCACCUCCAGCAUGUUGAACACUGAUGACGCCGAUACUGCGGCAGAGGAACUUGUUUACCAUGUGGAGAUGAUGACGAACGGAGCGGUUGCACUGAAGGAGUUUCCAGAUGACAAGAUCCUUAACUUCACACAAGCCCACAUCAACAAAGGGGAGGUCAUCUUCAUCCACCAGGGUGAGGAGUCUGGCAGCUUCAGCUUCACAGUGACUGAUGGAGAACACACAUCACCCUUGUACAAGUUUGUGGUCACCACCAGACCUCUCACCAUCACUAUGGUUACACAGGAGGAGCUCAUGGUAUUUCCAGGGACAAGACAGCUGAUCACCAGUGCCAAUCUGGGAGCGGUGACAAGCGAAGACGGAAAUGAGAUCACCUACUCUCUGGUUCAGCCCCCUCGUUUGGGUCGACUCAUUCAGGCGAAGGAGCGAAACCAGUUUGUGGAAAUCAGCCACUUCACCCAACAUGAGUUGGAAUCCGGAGCUAUUUUCUAUGAGCACCAGAUGCCUGGAGAGCCGUUCUGGGUUGUGAGGGACUCUGUGGAACUGAUUCUGUCGUCACACCCAGCCUCUGACAUCCACCACAUCCUGCCCAUCACAGUCUCCUACUAUGCCACUCACAGCAACAUCUCAUCCCAGCUGUGGAAGAACAGAGGCCUGGAGGUGGUGCAGGGCCAGGGAAAGAUCAUUGAUGACUCCAGCCUGGAUGCCUCCAACCUCUUGGCCAGUCUUCCAGAGUCUGAGAGAACUGAUGUGGAUGUGGGCUUUGAGGUUAAACAGUUCCCUGAUCAUGGACGCCUCACUCUCAGGGGCCAACAUUUGGCCCCAGAUGCCCCCUACUUCACACAGGCAGAGGUCUUCCGGGGAGAGCUGGAGUACCUACAGGAUGAUUCAGGGGCCUCAUCUGAUCGCUUCUCAUUCAGAGCUCGGCUAAAGUUUCAGAGACGGAGAGUGACGUCUCCUGCUGAGGCCGUAGUCCUGGAGGAGGUUUUCAACAUUAGGAUUAAACGCCGGGGUUCUGACCCUCCUGAGCUUGUAACCACAGACAUGUUAUUAGAAGUUUUACAAGGCUCUUCAACCCCUUUGACUCAGAAGCAACUUAACACACAUGAUGAGGACAGUCCCCCUGACGAGGUCAUGUUCAAGGUGACCAAAGCCCCUUUAAAUGGGCAAUUGGUGAACUUGUUUACAAUGGACCCUAUUUUUGAGUUCUCACAGGAGAUGAUCAACCAAGGUCAAGUGGGUUUCCAGAGUGACGGCAGCCUCGCAGGCAGCUUUCUGGAGUUCAUAGUGUCUGAUGGGGAACAUGAUUCAGAGCCACACACACUUCACAUCGGCAUCCUGGCUCACACGCUGGUUCUGGAGAAAGCUUCUGAAAUCAGAGUGAAACAGGGAGACGAUGAGACCUUGGUGACAGAAAAGUUGCUGAAAGCAACAACUGGUGGACCAGUCGAGGAGGAUGUUCUGUACAAGAUCACAGGUGUUCCCAAGUAUGCAGCCAUAAUGGUGGACCGCCAGCCCACCUCGGCCUUCACUCAGAAACAGAUCAAAGAAGGAAGAGUGAGUGUCCGUUUUGUGAAAUCCACCUCUCCCAGAGAUAGUGUGGCUUUUGUGGCCCGUAGUCGAGCUGCUAAUGUGUCAUCAGUCCUCAACAUCACUGUCCAGCCGCUAGCCAAUAUUGCUCAGGAUCCUCUCUUACCUGAAGAUUCUCUUGUUCUUCUGGACAGCCAACUUCUGGAUGCAACCCCUCUAGCUAAUAAGACCCGAUCAUCCCCCAGUUUUGCUGUUGUCCAGCAGCCAAAAGGUGCUCGAUUUGUGAGGGCAGCAGGUCCUGGUGCUGGUCAACCUCUAAGCUCCUUCAGUCAGCAGGACCUCGAUGAUGGACGGGUAGCCAUGGAAAUUUUCAAUAGCUCCUCAGGGUCCAGUGAUGAUUUUACCAAGGAUGAGGCCCGGUUUCUUCUCAAAGCUCAUGGUGUCCCUCCAGCUGAGUGUGUACUUUCCUUUAAGACUGGCCCAUAUAAUUCCUCCGUCGCAUACCCUGCUACUCUUUUAAGGGUUCCAUUAGAAACCCCAUCAAACGACCAAAAUGGCAUUGGUGAUGUGGCGGAAGCUCCCCAGUCUACACCAGCAAACCCACACUGGAGGGGCAAAUGGCCAGAUGGAGAAAGCCCCACUACCCACCCUUCUAACUCUCAGAACAACCCAUUGGUGACCCGGCGCAACGACAUCUGGUCUAUUCUCAUCCCCAUCCUGGUGAUACUGGUACUGUUGCUGCUGGCUGCCAUCUUGGCAUACUAUCUGAUUCGUAAAAACAAGACGGGCAAGCACAACGUCCAGGCAGCAGUUUCAAAGCCCAAAAAUGGAGAGGUGGCGAGCACUGAAACCUUCCGAAAAACUGAUCCUGCGAACAACAUUCCCAUGUCCACCAUGGACUCCAAAGAUGCAGACCCAGAGCUGCUGCAGCAUUGUCGGACAUCCAAUCCGGCUUUGAAAAACAACCAGUACUGGGUCUGAAACUUGCUGAUGGAGUCCUGAGAAAGGUGGAUCCCUAUGUUCCCAAAGUGUAACCUCUAGCCCCUUCUCUCAGUAUGAAAGACCUCUCGCCAUAGAAGAAGCUUUGAAACUAGUCUUCACUUCCCUUCAGUAUUUAAUGCAUCUGUGGAGAUUCUUUCGUGUCCACCAAGAACACUCAUCAGCAAAGGAAGAGGCAGUGUUCCUUCAUUUUAUUUAGCUUUAACAUUCCUCUUUAGCCAAUGGCACUAGACAUGAACACGUAUUGUUGUUUGCAAAGGAAAGUUCUUUCUCUCACAUGAGUGUGGUGAAUAUUUUCGGCUAAUAUUUCAGGCGGCAAGCAAGAGCUCAGCAUGUAGUCCCAGCAGAAGCAUGGAGGAGGAAUUAAACAAUGAAGUGCAGUAAAAGACUUGGCAGGAAAUCAUUAGAUUAGCUGCAACAAGCAAUACAGACCAGUGUUUACAUUGAACACAUUUUUUUAGCAGCUCCAUUACAUUUCUAUAUUUUACCUUGGUUUCCAAUGAAAUCAUGUAAAUUGGUGGAGUUUAAACUUUACAUUGAAAUGUUUUUGAUGAAAAAACAUUGGAGUUGGAUGACGGGACUCAAAACUGGAUGAAUUCUGCUCACACAACCCGACCACAUCCAAUCCGUUUAAGAGGGAACUGCAGACUUCCCUUUCUCCAACCAGGUCACUAUAGCUCUGAGAAGUGUGGGGGGCAACCCAAACCUAACCUACCUUUAUUAUCCGGCCAAUGAUGUGUGUAAAAUCAGAGCAUUAACAACUCUACGAAAGUCUCUGAUGACGGAUCCCCUCACCCUCCAUUGACUAAUCCCAGUUGCCCAAUUAAAUCAAUGUUAUUCACGUAUAGUCCAUGAAAUGCGAAUGUCCAUAUAUUGUUCGUUCAUCAACAUUCUGUUUGCGUUGCACAUGUCUAUGUAUUAUAAUUCAAUCAGAGAACCCAACUCAAAUGUGAUCUUAUUUAUACCUUUAAAAGAAGUAACUCAAUUUGACACUGGCGUCAGGUACCACAGAAAAGGACGUGUGUGUUACGUGCAUGCUGGUUAUUGCAAAACACUUUUGCUCAUUCAAUAUUUAUACUAAUUUAAAAAACAUAAUGCAAACCUUUGAUUAAAGAAAGAAGAAAAAUGUCAACUCUUGAAACCAAUCUACUGGAAAAUGAGAUUCACCUCAUGUGGAAGCUCAGAUCUGCCAGUAGGGGAAAGCUGUCGCAAAAUAAUGUUACACUGAUCCAAAGAUGAUCUCACUACCAUGGCGCAAUAUAUUGAAGUUGGGAAAGUGGACUUUUGCUUCCCAUGUUGAUGCCAAAGGCAGCCACAGAUGUUUCAAUGGAGUUAUAGCACUUUCCUCCCCAUGUAGGUAGCGGGGAAGGAAAAUGCCCUGCAAUGCCUGGGCAUUUGAGGGGCUUAUCCUCCCCUAGCGUAGGAAAUUGUAUCCGUCCGUUUUAAACAAUGACCAUCACUGAUCACAUGCUUGCUCUCUUUGUGUUGGUAUUGCUGUUCACCAAUAUAUUCACCAGGGGGAGCAGCCCAUGCUUAUGCCAAUAACACACUCCAAAACAGACAUGGCAACUGCAGAAGAAGCAUUGAUAAUGUACCUCUUGCAGUAAAUGAAAUGGAGGCAGCAUUGAUGCAGGCGGUGGUCGGUGAGGCCGUUGAAUAUAUCGCGACUCAGGAACAGAGAAUAUCCACCAUUUUUAUUUUCUUUGUGUUUCAUUAGAGGCAUGGAAGUCAGGAUGGGUUGCAACCACCCUGCUGACAGAUCUUAGCUUCCAUAAACUAACACCAAAAUUGAGCAACCAACUAUAUUAAAUCAAGUCAAUGAUACAUACAGUAAAGCAAAUAUGUUUUUUCUGGGUAAUAAAGGGGUUUCAUUGACGUAAACAAAUUAGAACAAACAAAUACACAGAGGUCCUAACCACGAAGCUCUGCAUGUUCUGCUGGUAGAAGCAAUUUAAUACAAAAAAAUAAAAUCUGGAUUCACACUGUGGACUGUCCUUGUUGAGAUUAGCAUGUCAUGAAAGAAUAUUGAGGCGGUGAUGAGCUUCAAUGACCAAACACUGUUUACUUCAAUGUCAGAUGGACUACUCAGGGCCAAAUUGCAUUCCAUUGUAGUGUUCAGUUGUCUUUGCUGUCAGCAGAUGACUAAAUGAACUACAGACAAUAGUUUAACACUUUCAUGCCUAAAAGUCAAAACUAACAGAUAAGCUCUACCAGCAAUGGAAGCACUUCCACCAAAAAUAGCUGGGCAAAGUCUUAAAAUGCUGGACAGACAUUCUUCAUUGUUGUCUUAAUUGUUCAGAUGUAUUUUUUGUUUGUUUGUUUGUAUUGUAUAGACUAUUUAAAGGAGAGGGCAGCUCAUCAUAGUACGUUAUUAAGGUAGCUCUCGUGCCAAGAGAGUGUGAACACCCAUGGUAUGGUUUUUCAAUUCAUUGAGUCCAACAGGUACGUUGCAGCAGAGUGUUGGUCCUUUUAAAUGUUAUGCUUUUAAUAGAAAUAGUUUGAAUCUUUACUUAGUAACAAUUAGAAUUAUUUUUCCAUGUUUAAAUGUCUGUAAAUCCGAUUUGUAUUUUAAGCAUUAUUGGUGUAGUCAAGCAAUGAAAACAGAAAUUACAAAAUAUUCUUCUGGGAACCGGCUUGUUGUACAUUUUCCUUUUUUUUCUUGUAUUUUUCCCGAUUACGUCUGGGCCUUUGUUGCAACGUUGUAUGUACACAUACAUCGAUGCAGUUCCUUCUCUAUGAUGUGCUCAAAAUCUGCUUUUUACAAGCAAACAGCUCAGGAAGUGUUUUUUGUUUGUUUGUGCCAAUGAAAUGUCACCUUGAGAAACAUGAAUUUAGAAGAUUCACUAGUGAUGUCAUGACAUGAAUUUCCUUUUAAAGGUCUGUUUUUGUUCGUUUGUUUUGUUUUGUUUUUUUAAUUGCAGAGUUUAUUCACCUCCAUCUCAUACACAUCCUUUUAACUCAUUAUUUAUUUCACUGUCUCUGCCCUCAACAGUAUGGAGGCCAACCUAUUUGGAUAUUCUAAUCUGUUACAGUCUUUUUGGCAGUCAUUUGAAGUCAUGUUUUCUUUUCAGAAGUUUGUGGCGGUUCUACACUUCUUGUCUCUUAGCUUUUACACCCAACAGUUUGAAUAGAAAUAAA